GCGAGUGAAGUUGGUUGCGUUAAUAUUAUCUUAUUAGUCUGUGGUUAUGGGAUUCACCGCAAAGUGUUCACGAAAAAUGUUUUUAUUUCAAAUCAGUAGAUAAAGCCAAAUUAUAAAUUACCGAACAUUCAACAGUUGAUAUCCAGCUACCGCCGCAAAAGUGCGAAAUAAUAAUUAAAACGGUACAAACUGUGAAUUAGGUUACAUUGCAAUUGAAUCAGUGCGUAUGUAAAGCGAAAUAAUUAUAAAUUUAAAGAUGAAUCCUGAUCCAGAAGGCGAGACCAAACUGUGUGAGAAUUGUAAGCGCGAGAUCCCGACGGUUAACUUCACGAUCCACAGCGUGCACUGCGCUCGCAACAUUCGAGUAUGUCCCGUCUGCAAGGAGGCUGUGCUCUAUGCUGAACUCAAGGAACAUCAUGAGAAGAUGCAUAAACUACAGCCGUGCAAGAAAUGCGGCGAGAGUGUCUGCGGCACCGACCUAGAGGAUCACAUCCGCGACUCCUGCGCGCAUACCAUCAAAACAUGCAGGUUCUGUGAGCUGGAGCUACCUCGCCGCGACCUACCGGCUCACGAGAGCUAUUGUGGAGUGCGCACGGAGCAGUGCCCUGACUGCAAGGAAUGGGUCAUGAUCAAAUACCGGCAGCUGCAUUUAGACUCCAAUCAUGGAUUCAUUCGACUGGACGAUGAUCCCUCUCCAGUGUCACCAAAGAAGGAGUUACCAAAGAGUCCCGCUAGGCCGGCAGUCCCAAAGCUGACGCGAGCUAACAUUGCGACCGCCGCCGCGCCGUCUACCAGCAACGGCUGCGCUCGUCCGUUCACCGGCGGCUAUAGACCCAACGGUUUGAAGAACAUUAACUUGACUCGAACUGAGACCAGACAAUUCAGCACUAACGGUACACGUCCAGGUCCAUUACCAGUUGCUGGCGAAAAAGAGUUCUGUGGUACAUCCUCCGAGAGCAAUUGGGCCAAGAGGACCAAUGAUAAACCACAGAUCAACACUAAUAUGGAAGCAACGAAUAAAGUUGAUAAAGACCUGGGUGUAUCUCGCGGCGCUGUGAAGAAGCGUCUGGCGCCGAAGCCGCCGUGUCGGCGCGCGCCGGCCGAGCUGCCGCCGUCCGCCAUCCGCGACCUCCCCUACUACAGCGCCAUGCAGCGCCAGCAGGACGAAGAGAGAGAGCGCCAGGAACAAACGGCCUACAACUUGAGUGUCGGUCUUCCCCCAGUCUUAAGUCCGGCAGCAAAACUGGAGAAAUUACGUAAGAUGGACGCUCUCCAAAACCCAGAGGAACAUAUGGAAAGGAACCGUCAAGGUCGAAUAGUGAGGAAUUCGGCAAACGACGGUGUAUCUCAAGCAAGCUCAGGACUGAGCGAGGAACCUUCGAGAAGGCGGACCGACUUCACGAACCUAACUCCCAUGAGUCCCCAGGAGUUUGUAGAGAGAUUCAGUAAAAUGCAACUGAGGAAGGACGAGGAGAUGCGACGGAACAGCGCCGUGGGAGACGCCAGGAAGAACGGGGAUAGGUUCAGUGAGAUCAAGUCGUCUUUGAGGGAGCUCCGCAGGGGAUUAAAUGAGGUGACCGCUCCAUACCAUUCGAAUCCGAACAUCAGUGCCAACGCGAACAACAACAACAAUAACAAUGGCGAGGGCCGCGCGUCCCCGGCGGGCGACGACGUGCGCCUGCCGUGCGAGUUCUGCGCCUGCCCCAUACCCGCGCACAACUUGGUGCAGCACCAGACUGGCUGCCGGCCUGACCUGGCACAGUUGCGGCCUCGCAGUCCUUCCCCAGUAGGGGCGGUGGCUCUGGAACCUUCACAGGAGCCCUACGAAGAACCCGUCAUCCCCUGCGAAUUCUGCUAUGAGUCUUUGCCCGUCUACCUCAUCAGUGAACAUCAGGAACGCUGCGGCAGAGAGGCCAACUUGCUGUACCCCGACUGAACUAGUCUUCCUUAAGUAUUUACCACUUUUAUAUUGUAGCUAUACUUAUUCAUUUAGUUCAUUCUUAGGACAGUUUUAUUAAAUUGUCCACUUGUUUUCCCUCAAUGUAUGUCGCUCGUUAUAUAUACGUAUGUCUUGUCAACAUCUUAAAUCUAUACUUUAUGUGGUCAUUGUAUGAGAAAAUCCAGUUAUUUUCAUAGUAUAAUCUUACUCGAACUUGUCUGUAGUCCAACUUGCUUUAAGAAGAAAAACUAUGUUUUUAUAAUAACUAUCGUGAGACAUACUAAAUUAACUAAAAAUCGCGGGUUACUCA